AUGAAGAGUAGAUCCACAGUUCAGGUCUCGCUCCUCUUCGUUGUCAUCAUCGUCACUCCAGGACAGUCGGACUUCGCCCCGUAUUUCUACGACAGCGGGAACAUGGCACUAUUUAGCAUCGCAGAGGACACGCCAGUCGGUUCUCAGGUGUACACCCUGAACGGGACAGACCCCGAGGGCGACGAAGUCCGCUACGACAUCGUCUACGACAAAGGAUCGAAAGCAUACUUUAAGGUGGAGCCCGGAUCAGGAUGGGUGACUCUCAUCCAGCCGCUGGACCGAGAGGUUGAUGAUGAGAUCUCGGUGCUGGUCAGCAUCACGGACGGCAGGAAUCAGGUGGUUGAGAAAGUGCGAGUGUUCGUCUCCGAUGCUAAUGACGAGAAGCCAGAGUUCCUCCACCUGCCCUACAUCAUCGACGUCCCCGAGGAUGCGGAUGCUGGAAGCAGCAUCUUUAAAGUUCAGGCCGUGGAUAAAGACCUGGGUUCCGGAGGAAGCGUGGCUUAUUUCUUACAGACAACUGGCAACACAAAGUUUACCAUAGACGGCCACAGCGGGGUGCUUCGCAUCAAAACGGGCGAGUCACUGGACUUCGAAACCUCCAAGACUCAUUUCAUCACUGUGGUUGCAAAGGAUGGGGGCGGUAAAUACAACGGGAAGCACCAGGUGAUGACGUCAUCUGCCACCGUAACUAUCAACGUCCUCGAUGUCCAGGACUCGCCACCGAUCUUCAUAGAAACACCGUAUUUCGGAUAUGUCUACGAAGUCUCAGUUCCUGGAUCAGAAAUCUUUACUGUAUCUGCUAGAGAUGGAGAUCAGGGCGAUCCGAACCAAAUUCAUUACUCAAUCAUUAAUGGUGAUGAUGACUCUUUCAGCAUCAACAGCACGAGUGGCUGCAUCACGCUGAUGUCAUAUCCUGUCCAGCUGAAAAGCGAGCUGUAUGAACUUAAAGUCAAGGCCUCAGAAGUCGGAGCAGACGACGAGCUGCUGGACUCCACAGUGACGGUGGUGACCAUCCGGGUGGUGGAUCUGAACAACCAUCCGCCCACCUUCUACGGCGAGAAUGGCAAACAGAACAGAUUCGAACUGACCAUGUAUGAACAUCCACCUGAGGGAGAGAUCCUGAGAGGACUGAAGAUCACCGUCAAUGAUUCUGAUCAGGGAGCGAAUGCUAAGUUCAGACUGAGACUGGUGGGACUGGGUCGAGUUCUCCGUGUCGUCCCUCAGACUGUCCUCAACGAAGCUCAAGUCACCAUCAUUGUAGAGAACUCCACCGCCAUCGACUACGAAAAAUACUCUUUUUUAACCUUCAAGUUGUUAGCGGUUGAAAUCGACACCCCGGAGCGCUUCAGUGCAACAGCGGAUAUCCUGAUCACUCUGUUAGACGUAAACGACAACACGCCCAGGUUCUCCUCGGAGUUCUACAUCGCCAGGAUCCCUGAGAACUCACCCGGAGGAUCCAGCGUCGUAUCUGUUACUGCGACAGAUCCAGACUCUGGGCUUUGGGGAGAAGUGAAGUUCUCAAUCUAUGGUUCAGGAGCUGAUCUGUUCCUCAUCCACCCCACGUCAGGGACCGUCUUCACCCAGCCGUGGGCAUCACUGGACGCCGAGAUGAAGUCCAAAUACAAUUUCUAUGUGAAAGCGGAGGACGGUGAGGGUAAAUACAGCCUGGCUGAGGUGUUCGUCAGCGUCCAGGAUCUGAAUGAUCACCCUCCGGAGUUCAACCAGAACUUUGUGGAGAAGACCAUGAUCAUCGGAGCUCCUGUUAAGAUAGAGGCAGCAGACGACGACGCCGAGGAACCCAACAACGUCGUCGAGUACUCCAUCAUGAAGGCAGAGCCGGAGAACGUCUUCGACAUCAACACCAGCACGGGUGAAAUCAAGCUAAAGCCGUUCAUCAAGUCCAUGCAGAUGGUGCAGAACAUCACCAGGCGUCAGGACUGCAAGUGGUCCGUGGUGGUCCAGGCCCGAGAUCGGGGUUCUCCGUCUUUCGCCGCCACAGCUGUGGUCCAGAUCGACAUCGCUGAGGCGAAUCAUCUCGCAGGUCCAGUGACGGCUUUGUUGAUGCAGAGUAGAGACAAACCCAUGAAGGCUUUAGGUUUGGCUGCCGGGCUCAUCGGUGUCCUGGUGAUGGUCACGAUCGUGAUCUCAACCGCCAUGUACAUGCGCAACACCAGGUCCAACCGGAUCACCCCGGCCCACCGCGUCGUCCGGCGCAGACGCAGGGAGCAGCGGCGGCGGUGGAACUUCCCCUUCAGAACACCGUUCAGGAACUCGGACAGUCCCGACAGGUUCCUCACGCAUGACAUCGAGAGCAACGUGAACUCAGAAGGAUCUCUGAAGGUGCAGCGCCCGGCGCCACCUCGAGCACCACCUGGUGCGCCACCUAGUGCUCCAGCUUUACCCCCACCGCCACCAAGGAUGAGUGAGAAGCAUCGAGCCGUGCCGACCGUUUCAGGAUCACUGAGCUCUGAAUCCGGCAGUUCCAGUCUGAGAUCCGUCAGCAGCGAAGACACAAAAGACGGCGGCGCUAAUCAGGGAAGAGAGAGCAACAUCAGCUCAGCGCUGGUUUCUGAGUUAAAGAAAAGGCUGGAACAGAAGAUCAUGGAGGCUAAUAAAGGCUACUACUGCUAA